AUGGCUGAAGGCGCGAACGUCAUGCAUCACUGCAACGAGGUCCUCAACAUCUCCGCCAAGCUUAGCGGCAUCGGUGCGAAGAUGGAAGACGAAGACGUUGCAAUUUGUCUGCUACUCAGUCUUCCGAAGAGCUACGAAAAUGUGGUGCUCAACAUGGAAAUGAGCAGCACCGAGCUUCGCACUCAAGAUGUGGUGAGAGUCCUGACGAAUGAGCAUGCCAAGCGUCAAGGAGAAAAAGGGACAACGACAGCGACUACGGUGAAGGCUGAAGAUGCAAGCAAGGCAUUCAGCGCCGAGCGUGAGCCCUACCAAUGCACGUAUUGUGGCAAGGUGGGACACACGGUGGAUCGUUGCUGGACAAAGCAGAAGAACGAAGGUCGGGGAGCCCGACGCGGCGGCAAUGGUCGUGGACGCGGGGCUAACAAUGUCCAGUGGGGACAUCAUGAUGAAGGCAAUGGCUACGAUCGAGUGGCGUUUGCAGUCUCGUUCGAAUGUGGAGUUUCGACGAGCAAGGACGUGUCUGGAAUGUGGGCCGUCGACAGUGGUGCAACGCACCACAUUUGCCACGACAAGACCAAGUUCGCAAGUUUGGCAGAGCGCAAUGAGGGCGAACUCUUGGUGGCUGAUGGCAACAAGGUGGCCAUCAAGGGUGUGGGAACCAUCAUGGAAAAGGUGGUUCUGCCCAACGGUGAAGAGCGUGAGAUCGAAAUCAAGAACGCGCUAUAUGUUCCAAGUAUGUUGACGGUCAUCGGUUUUCUACCAGUAUUGGUAACCGUGACCGAUCCAAUCCGAACCGCCUGUUCAGCUUAG